GUGAGAGCGAACAGAUGUGAGUCGGACUACGAAAAGAGAACAAGCUGUAGUAAAGACGGAGAACCAUUGAUUCUGCUAAUAUGUGGCAACCCGCGUCGGAGCGAUUGCAGGCUGGAAGAGGAGCGGAAAAAGAGAUAGAUGGAGGUGUGGGGGUGAGGAGAUGCAGGUCGCAUCACCAAUGCACUUCCAGACCAUGCUGAAGACCAAGCUAAAUGUGCUGACGCUGAGGAAGGAGCCAUUGCCCACGGUGAUCUUUCACGAGCCCGAGGCCAUCGAGCUCUGCUCCACCACGCCGCUCACAAAGAGCAGGACCCAUGCUGGAUACAAGGUGACCUACCUAGGUAAGGUGACUAUCUCUGGGACCCAGUUCCUGUCUGGCUGCACAGAGUCUGCUGUGGUGGGUCUGGUGGAACGCCGUGCUCUUGCCCAGCAACAGGGUACCCUUCCCACAGGCAACUCUAUUCUGGAGAUUCGACCUUUCCAGGUGCGUCUUCACCACUUGGACGAGCACAGCGAGGCCUCAGUAACCAUGGACACCUACCAGGUGGCGCGGAUUGCCUACUGCACAGCGGACCACAGCGUCAGACCCAAUGUUUUUGCCUGGAUCUACCGGGAGAUCAACGACGACCUGUCCUUCCAGAUGGACUGCCAUGCCGUGGAGUGCGAGAGCAAGCUGGAGGCCAAGAAGCUGGCACACUCAAUGAUGGAAGCUUUCCGCAAGACUUUCCAGAGCAUGCGCAGCGAUGGGCGCAUCCACAAGAGUGGCUCAUCUGAUGACUUUGCUGAAGACUCAUCAAUUCCCGAAGACUCGACCCCAGACGAUGGUUGAAAUGAAACUUACUCCUAAACUCCUGAUCCCCAUGCUAACGAAGCAAGGGGUAACUGGAAGGAUGGACAGAUUACUGCUCUUGCAUUCUCCCCUUCUCCCCUAAUCACUUUCUGUUAUCAGUCUGGAACAAAAUUAACUGACCCUGUGACCUGACACAUCAAGGAUAACAAAGUAGAUUUUAAAUACUGUAAAGUUGAAGUAGAUGAAAAAGGAGCUACAAAUGGUCUACACUUACGUACAGGGAUAGCAAAGUGCUGCCACUUUAAAUGAAUGGCCCUCAAUGACCCACAGAGGCCUUUCAAGCACCUCUGUAAACAUCCUUAAGAGAUUGACUCGAGAUUUCCAUUUUUCAACCACUGUCACUCUUACACCCAGCAGGAGCACUGCUCGUGGUUCUUAAGCUUUGUCAUCCUGGAAACAAACUUUAGUUUCUGUUCUUUUGACCCCAGUUUAUGACAGCCUAUUGCUACUCUUGCCAUGCAGGGAUCCAGUAGAAAUAGGCCUGUGAUCUAUUUUGGAUCCCAAACCAGAGUUUAUGAGACUGUUGGUGCACAUAAAUUCUUUAGAUGUUUAAUUAUGUGGAUCUCUAUUUCAAUGCCUUCGACCUUGGUAACAGCAAAUGAGGAUGUGAAAGAAAAGCUAAGCCUUUAAGCACUAUUCAUAUCAUCACUAUGGUACCUUAGUCCGACCCCCAAAUUAUUCACCGGCAUGGCUGUUACUCAUGUGGACAAUGGAGCCAGAGCUUCUGCCACUGUCUCCGUUUAAUAGGUACUUAGAGCAUGUGUAAGGCGCUUGGGAAAGUAUAGGUGCUAUAUAGAUGUUACAAGUUUUCACUGGGCUGAAAGCCUGGGCCUGUCUAUGACACCUUAAUCACCCACAUCUGACUUCUGUUUUGAAUAUACCAAAAUUCAGGCUGAUUUUGCCUGUCAGAUUAUGUGCCUCACUUUCCUCUCACAUUAGUUUGGUCUCUUACCCAGGUCCCAGUGUGUACGUGUGGCCAUGUGUGUGCCUGCCAACCUUUUUGUUUGUUUGUUUUUCUGUGUGUGAAGGUGUAUUGCUUACUUCUGUACUUUGUGCAUAUGAAUGCACAUGUGAGUGCUUGCAUCUGUGUGUGUGCGAAAGAGAAGAGUAGGGUAUUGUAUGAUUAGCUUGAAGAGAAGACUUCUCAUCACCCCAAAAGCAUCCAUUUUUGAUGCUUAUGGAGGCGUUUUAAAAUCAGACAUGGUACUGUGAUCAUUUGCCACAUUUUCUUACCUUUAUCUCAUAUUGAAAUGAAAACAUGAGUAUUAGAGUCUGAAUGUGCCAGUCAGCAAGGUUGUAGGACCCUAAAACACAGCCAUCCAAGAUAACGACUGACACCUCCUGGCCUCUGCUUGAAUGUAUGAUGAGUCUAAGGUGCUGUGAGGGCCUCACACCAUCUCCAGUCAUUUCAGUCUCCCAUAAUCUCCUCUUGCUAUCACAGAUAGCUGUAACGGACAGUCAGUGACCAGCUUCACUCUGCUCUGAUGCCCUGCAUCACCUCUCAGAGCGACUGAGGCACCGUCGUGGGACAAAGACUUCUCAGAGCUCCACACCACUCUUUUCUAACUGGACAGUACUGAACAGACUGGACGCUAUCAGUGGAAAUUGGACAGUGACUCAGACAGAAUGACCAGGGGGCUCUGGUCAGCACGCGCACACACACACACACACACACACACAUACACUCAAAUAUACAUACCUACAUAUAAUUAUACAUAUGUACACAUACAUUGUAUUUGAAUCUUGCUAAAUAAGCUUAUGUAAAUACAAAUGUAUCACUUUCCAAAUAUUACAACAUAAAUGUUGAUAGCUAUUUUAAAUAAAAAAAAAUGUUGAGAACCAUCAUACGAUACAAAAACAGUGUUAUAAAGCCUACUGUGAAUAUUAAGUGGUGAGCCUGAUAGCAGCGGGUGUGUGUGUGUGUGCUUGUGUGUGUGUGUGUUUGUGUUCGGUAGGGAUUGUAUGUUGUGGGGUGUGUUGUAAGGAGUGUGUAUGGACAGGCCAGAGGGGGGAGAAUGUUUAUAAAGCUGUAGAUUACUGUGUUAUGUCUGUCUGAAAGCUCAGACAUGCUUUAAAUGUUUGACAAAUGUUAUCUUGAGUGUUUUCUAUACAGUGUUUGCAAAGAUCAAGAAACAGUUGCAUAUAAAGUAUUUACCAAGA